AUGUUCCAACCUGGAACAGCUAUAAGCGUAGUCAAGGAAAUUGAGAAAUAUAAAGUUAAGAUAGUAGCAUUACAAGAAAUCAGGUGGAAUGACGAAGGAACCAUAGACAUAAAUGAUACUACUAUUCUUUAUGGCAAGUGCAAUGAAAGACGACAGUUUGGGGUUGGCUUUGCAGUACAUAAAAGCCUAGUGCAUACGAUAAAAGAGUUCAAAGUUAUCAACUGUAGAACUGCUAUUCUUAUAGUUAAGGCCAAAUUUUUUGAUAUAGUAUUUUUAAAUGUACAUGCACCAACGGAGGAGAAGUCACAAGAGGAAAAAGAAGAAUUUUAUGCUGAGUUAGAAGAUAUCUUGUCGAGAAUAAACAGUAGCAAAAUACGAAUUAUCCUGGGUGAUAUGAAUGUGAAGAUAGGAAAAGAACAGUUCCUUAAACCUACUAUAGGGGAAAUAUAG